GUGGGAGCUCAGUGAGAGGGGCCAUUUUGACUCUGGUGACAGGAAAUGACUGGUCUGGCGCGGUCUGGGAGCGGGGCACCCAGGGUCUCAAGAUAACUCUGGGGCCAUUAUGGUCAUGAUUCUCACAGAGGACCCUGAGAUUUCUGCGCUUGAGCAAUGUCAGGUGCCACUGGACUUGUUCUGAGACCCUUGCCCUAAAGGAUGGCCAAGGGGCUCCUGGUGACCUAUGCCCUCUGGGCUGUGGGGGGCCCUGCUGGGCUCCACCACCUGUACCUGGGAAGGGACAGCCACGCCCUGCUCUGGAUGCUUACCCUGGGUGGGGGUGGGCUGGGCUGGCUCUGGGAGUUCUGGAAGCUCCCAAGCUUUGUAGCUGAGGCCAACAGAGCCCAAGCCCAGAGGCAGAGCCCAGAAGAGGGGACACCCCCUUUGAGUCCCAUUCGCUUUACUGCCCAGAUCGUAGUGGGCAUCUAUUUUGGCCUCAUGGCUCUGAUUAGCCUUUCUUCCAUGGCCAGCUUCUACACUGUGGCCCUCCCACUGGCAGUUGGCUUAGGGGUCUUGCUGGUGGCUACUGUUGGCAACCAGACCUCUGACUUUAAGAACACUCUAGGGGUGGCAUUCCUUACUUCCCCUAUCUUUUAUGGCCGCCCCAUAGUCAUCCUACCCAUCAGCUUGGCUGCUAGCAUCACAGCCCAGAAGCAUCGCCGCUACAAAGCUUCAGUGAAGUCAGAGACACUCAGUGUGCAGCUCUACCGGCUGGGCUUGGCUUACCUUGCUUUCACGGGCCCACUGGCAUACAGCACCCUCUGCAACACAGCUGCCACCCUCAGCUAUGUGGCAGAAACCCUUGGCUCCUUCUUGAAUUGGUUCAGCUUCUUCCCCCUUCUUGGCCGCCUCAUGGAGUCUGUCCUUCUUCUGCCUUACCGGAUCUGGAGGCUACUGGUAGGGGAUCCUGGCUUCAACAGCAGCUACUUCCAGGAGUGGGAGAAGCUCUAUGAGUUUGUUCACAGUUUUCAGGAUGAGAAGCGUCAGCUGGCUUACCAGGUUUUGGGCCUCUCAGAAGGGGCAACAAAUGAAGAAAUACACCGGAGUUACCGGGAGCUGGUGAAGGUCUGGCACCCUGACCACAACCUGCACCAGACAGAGGAGGCACAGAGGCACUUCCUGGAAAUCCAGGCUGCAUAUGAAAUCCUGAGUCAGCCCAAGAAGCCCAAGGAACCCUGAAGGUUGUGCAGUCAUCAUCACUAUAUAAUUCCAGAAUGUUUU